GUGAGGGUGGGAGGGCUCCGCGGACUUCACCGGAGCCGGAUCCGGACCCCGGGGGGGAUGGGGGACACCGCGGGGGGCGGACGGAGCGUGGCGAGUCCGGAGCCGCAAGCCGGGGUGCGGGAGCGGCUGAGCAGGAUGGUGUGUGACAGGCGGAGUGCCCGGGCCGGGUGUGCCUCGGCGACCGCGUGUGCGGUCGGGGUGGGGAGGCGGGGAUGGGGGCUGGCCUGGUGCUUUAGCUCGGGCUGUGUGCGCCCUGGGUCUCUCUAGACUCUCUUAGGGCGUGCCGGAGUUCCGUGACCGCAAGGAACGAGUCCUACCCUAAGCCACAGAGGGGACGUUUCAAGCUGGUUUCGAGCCAGAAGGCACUGGCACAGCUCGAGGGUUGCAGUGAGAAUGUUCUCUCUGGAAGGGUCCUCGUGACAGGCUCCUGGGAAGACGUGAUGGGAAGGACCCAGAGGACCCUGAAGAGGAGGAAAGAAUUGUGGCAUAUUUAGAAAUCAGAGUGCAGGUGACCACAAACGUCUUGAACUUGAGACAGAAAUUUUACUUCAGGGGUGACGCACAGAAUUCGUGUUCCCUCACGGGAGAAUCUCGACAGUGAAAGCAUCAUUGUGUUGAUGAGUUACAGCUCCAGCAUGUUCGACAGCUGCUCUGACUUUUCUGGAUUCUGUGCGUCACCAGUCGAGGAGCCCCAUGGAGCGUUAACGAGCUCCUACGAUUCUAGAACCAUGACUGACGCCCUGGUGACUUUCAGCGACGUGGCCAUCGGUUUCUCUCAGGAGGAGUGGGAGUGCCUGGACCCCGCUCAGAGGGACCUGUACAUGGACGUGAUGCUGGAGAACUAUAGUAACGUGGCCUCACUGGAUCUGGAGUCAACAGAUGAGACCAAAAACACAUUUUCAGAAAAGGACAAUUCUGAAAUAAAAUUUUCCCAAUGGGAGAUAAAGGAAAGAAGCAAAACCCUUGGCCUUGAGGCAUCCAUUUUCAAAAAUAAUUGGAACUGCGAAAGCAAAUUUGAGGGACUACAAGGACCUCAGGAGGGGUACUUCAGUCAAAUGAUAAUCAGCUAUGAAGAAAUGCCCACUUACAGAGAAAGCGAAUCUCUUACUGCUCAUCAAAGAAUUCAUAGUCAAGAGGAACCCUACGUUUGUAAGGAAUUUGGGGAGGCUUGUAGUCCUGACUCCAAACUUGGUGAAGAUGAGAGAACUCAGAUGGCUGAAGAGCAUUUUGAAUGUAAGGAGUGUGGGAAGGACUUUUUAAAUGCCUAUCACCUCACUGUACAUCAGAGAUUUCAUACUGGUGAGAAGCCCUAUGAAUGUAAGGAAUGUGGGAAGACCUUUAGUUGGGGAUCAAGUCUCAUUAAACAUGUGAGAAUCCAUACUGGUGAGAAACCCUUUGCAUGUAAAGAAUGUGGGAGGACCUUCAGUCGUGGCUAUCACCUUACUGAGCAUCAGAAAAUUCAUAUUGGUGUGAAAUCUUAUGAAUGUAAGGAAUGUGGGAAGGCCUUUUUUUGGGGCUCAAGCCUUGCUAAACAUGAGAUAAUUCAUACAGGUGAGAAACCUUAUAAAUGUAAAGAAUGUGGGAAGGCCUUCAGUCGUGGCUAUCAACUUACCCAGCAUCAGAAAAUCCAUACUGGCAGGAAACCUUACGAAUGUAAAGUAUGUGGAAAGGCUUUUCGUUGGGGCUACCAGCUCACUCGACAUCAGAUAUUUCACACCGGCGAGAAAGCUUAUGAGUGUAAAGAAUGUGGGAAGAACUUUAACUGUGGCUCAAGUCUUCUUCAGCAUGAGAGAAUUCAUACUGGUGAGAAACCCUAUGAAUGUAAAGACUGUGGAAAGGCUUUUAGUCGUGGCUAUCACCUUACUGAGCAUCAGAAAAUCCAUACCGGUGUGAAGCCCUUCGAAUGUAAGGAAUGUGGGAAGGCCUUUACUUGGGGUUCAAGCCUUGUUAAACAUGAGAGAGUCCAUACUGGUGUGAAAUCGCAUGAGUGUAAAGAAUGCGGGAAGGCCUUUGGUAGUGGCUAUCAGCUUACUCGACAUCAGAGAUUUCACACUGGUGAGAAACCCUAUGAAUGUAAGGCAUGUGGGAAGGCCUUUAAUUGUGCCUCAAGUCUUGUUAAACAUGAAAGAAUUCACACUGGUGAGAAACCCUAUGGAUGUAAAGAAUGUGGAAAGGCUUUUAUUCGUGGCUAUCACCUUACUCAACAUCAGAGAAUUCAUACUGGGGAGAAACCUUUUAAAUGUAAGGAAUGUGGGAAGGCUUUUCGUUGGGGUUCGAGCCUUGUGAAACAUGAGAGAAUCCAUACUGGUGAGAAAUCCUAUGAAUGUAAAGAGUGUGGGCAGGCCUUUGAUAAUGGCUAUCAACUUAGUUUUCAUCAGAUAUUUCACGCUGAUGAGAAACCUUAUCAAUGUAAGGAAUUUGGGAACACCUUUCCUCAUGGCUCAAGCCUUGUUCAACAUGAGAGAACUCAUAGUAAUGAUGAGCCCUACAAAUAUGAAGAAUGGGGGGAAGCCUUUAUGUGGACACCUUACUCAAAUGAGACAAUUGAUACUGGCGAAACUUACAAGUGAAGCGAUAUGAAAGAACAUAUGGAUGUUUUUGUGUGUGGAUAACUUAUUCAACAUGAGGAGAAAUCUUACUCUUGAGAAACCUUAUGAACAUAGGGCAUGUGCAGAAGCCUUACCUGUGUAUGGACAAUUUACUUGUUAUCAGAAAACUCAUACUAGUGAGAAGUAUUUUGAAUAUAAUGAACAUGGGAAGGACUUUAGACUUCUGUACAAUCUUACUGAACAUCAGUUUAUACUGAUGUGAAUCCAUGUAAAUGCAAGGAAUGUGUGAAGAUCUUUAAUUCAUGGCACAAAGUCUGAUACACACCAGAGAAUUCAUGCUCAUUAGAAACACCUUAAGGAAGGUGGCAACGACCUAAACGUAAUUCGGUUUUUACCCUGCACAUCAGAGAAUUCAUACUGCUGUGAAAUCCUGUGAAUGUAAGGAAUGUGGGAAGGCUCAUAGACGUGGUAAACAUCUUAGAGCACAUCAGAGAAUUCAUCCAAAUGAGACACCCUUUGAAUUAGAAUUAUAGGAAGGCUUCAGACAAGUGCUACUCAAACUAUUGUCCAGAGGCAGGUGCUAGUCCACAAAAUUAUUAGCUGUCCAUCAUGAGAUUAAUGCAGAAAAUGAGCAUAAGUGUCUGGAAACUUCUGCAGCAAUUUGAUAUUGCCAUAACAUUAUCAUUGUAUUUUACAAAAGUAGCAGUCCACGAAUAAUGAGAAAUAAAAAACAAAAAGUUUGUCCUUACUCAGAAAUAAUUUGAGAGACAACCUUGACACUUUUUCAAACACGAGACAAAUCACAAUAUGAUUUACUUAGAAUAAGAAAUCCUUUGCUUGUCACCUCUCUUAUUAGGAUAGCAGAAUAUUCAUACAAUAGGAAGAUUUGGCUAAUGUGAGAAUCACGGUUUUCUUAUGCCCAUAAAAGCAUGGAGAAUUUAUACCAGAUGUGUCCAUUUAGAGAAUCUAUAGAGCCUUCCAACACUAUUUAAUCUUUGUUAAACUUUAGCAAACUCAUCCUAGAGAAUAACCCUGUUAAUGUAACAAAUGUAGGGAACCCCUUAUCUAUGCCACAAACCAUACCUAUUGUCAUCUCAAUUCCACCUCCUUACUGCCUGUGGGCUGUUGAGCAAAAUGCUCAUCCCCUGUGGGCAUCUUGUUUAAAAUGCUGGUGAGGGUAACUAUCUGAUAGUGCUGUUGUAGAGACUGAGUGGGUUUAGUAUGGGUCAGAUUUUUGGAAGGGUGUCAGGUUAUGUAACCUACGAACAAUACACAAUAGCUAUUCUUAUUAUCCUCAUCAUUAGUAUCACUACUGGUGAAUUCGUAAGACAGGAAUGCCCUUUUGAUGUAACGGAUUUAGAAAAGCUUCCCAUAACCACUCAUCUAUUUGAAUUUCAGAUCAUUCUGGAUAAAAUCUAGUAAAAUGUAAAAAACUAGAGAGGAUUCUUAUUCAGAAUUUAUCCCUCAAGCUGCAUCAAAAAUUAAGACUGAAAAGAACUGUUAUGAAUUUAGUAAGUGUUAAAAUGUUGGGAAUAUACCCGUUGAAGAAUCAGGGAACAUUGUGAAGCAAUGUACCUGUAAUGAAUUCCAACAGACAGGUAGUAAUUAAAAUUCUCCACUCAUUUCAAAAUAAAUUAGAAAUUAAAGAGAACAAAAAGAAAAUGUGCAUUUGGGAAUUCCUUCCCAAGAUUGUGGUAUGACAAUUUUCAGACAUUCAGAAAGUUUAAAGCGUAGUAUAAUCAACAUCCAUAUACUCUGUGUAGAAUCAAUAGUUCUUACUAUUUGGCCAUAUUUGCUUUCUCUCUGAAUAUAUAUGUAUGUAUGUGUAUUUAUGCUCAUGUACCAUUUGACUUAUGAUGUGGAAAUCAUGAAACUUCUUUCCUGAACACAUCAGCAUGCUUCUUUUAAGAAUAAGAACUGUCCUAUUCUUAACUCUGAUACCAUGGUCACACAAGAAAAUCAUCAAUAAUUCUGUAAUAAUCUUUUAUAUUCACUUCAUAUUUCCGAGUGAAUCUCAUAUUUGGAUAUUAGAAUGCAUCUCAAAGUUGAUGACUUCUCACAAUUGCUUUCAACCAGGUGUCUGUCAUGAUUUAGUGCUAGCAUCAAAGCAUAUUAGUUAUGAUGAGAUGAGUGUUUAUAUACUCACAGAAUAACCCUUUAAAAAUUAUUCAUUUCCAAAAAUUUCAGUUCCAUCAAAACUGCAUUGACAAACAAAUGUCUGUAGUUUGUCUCAGUCAUUGUUUUAAUCUGCAUCUCACCUCGAUGUCCAUUUUGUGCGGACAGACCACUCAUGAACUCACUGUUCAGUGAUUACCAUCUAGUGGUUGACAGCGUUGUCCCACACAAUUGCAAUUUUAAUAAUCAGUAUAACACAAAGCAGAAUACUUCGAGUGUUUUAAUAGGAUGAAUCAUUCCUAAUCAGUAUUUUAUUCCUCCUGGGUACCAUAUUUGCAUUUUAGCUAGGAGAUGUGGAGAUGGUGCCUUAUCCCAGUAUUUCUGAAGUGAUUUCUCAAAAAUCACCAGUCCUUAACAGUACUUGAAAAACGAGGGGGCUUCUCUGGUUAAAGCAGCUUAUGAAGCAAAAUCUAAAUCCCCUCUUAAGGAACAACCAAAAAGCACCUUAUCAGUUUAUCAAAAGACUUGAGAGUAUUCUAGUGAAGAAAAUUGCUGAACUUUGUUUAAAUUGGUGUAUCUCAAACUUUGCCCUGGAAAUACCAAUUUCCCUUACUUAGGGAUGUGAAACUGCAUUGGGAAAUGUUGCCAUAACUAAAAGAAACUCGGAAGUUGCAAGAUUCAGUCACCAGUUCUGGCUCUUAGCUGUGAUGGCAUGGCACUUAGCGUCAUGCUCUCAAAAGGAUGCCUUCUAAUGUUCUCUCUUAUUUGUGAGUAAAAGUCUUCGUUGUAUCUAAGUAGAAAUGGCUCCUGGGUUGUAUCAAAUGUCAUUUCAUCAUCUCUUCCUACAAUUGUAUAGACUGACUUUGUUACUGUGAUAAUUUAUGAUGACAGAUUCUUUGACUUCUUCCCAUUCCUGGAUAUGCCCAGGUUAGUCAUUGAUGCAUUCUUUUCUGUUUUUUGGGGAUGCACUGCUUGAUUUCAUUUGCUGUUAUUUUAUUUAGAGUUUUUACAUCUCAUGAGUGAGACUGUAUAAUAGUUUUCUUUUUAAAUGUAUUUCUGUUUGUUUUUGCAUUGCAAUUGCCUGUUUUUAAAAUUGGAUGACUGUAUUGGGUUGUUUUGUUUUGAAUUAGAGAUCCUUAAUCACUUU